UCUCUCUCUCUCUCUCUCUCUCGAAUACGAUACUGUCCCGAGCAGCCAGCUCGUCGUGACGAUAAGCUCGCGUUAGUGCUUCAUUUUUAUUACUACAUGAACGGCUCUUUAGCUCUUUUUCUUUAGCUCUUAUGCAAUCGUUGCGCUAAUGCAGCGUUUAUGAAGCUGGAUUUCUUCUCCCAGCCGGACCCGAAGCAGCCUCAGCAUGUCCCGGUCCAGCAGGCCUUCAAUGACCCCCGCGGAGGACGAGUGCAAGCAGCGCCAGCUUCUCUCCUUCCUCUUCUACCAGGCCGUGAGGGACCACAAGCCCGUGUGGAUGCUGGAGGACAUGCGCACUAUGGAGACGUUCCACUGGGAGGAGAACGCGACGCAGCGCUCUUACACUCCAUCUGAGGCUCUGCUGUACGCCAUAGUGCAUGACCACCAGGCCUAUGCGCAGUACCUGCUCAGCCACUUCUCAGAUGGAGCCCUGGCCACACCAGGUGAGCGCUUCUGCUGCUGUCCGUCAUCCGCUCCGCACCUGGCCAUGGCCGUCCGCUACGACAGACGGGACAUCCUGACUCUCAUCCUGCAGGUGGCCCACCGGCUGCCUGCCUUGCGCUCCUACAUGAACAGGAGUGGGUGCUUCCACGCCGAAGACGGCAAAACGCCGCUGCACCUGGCCUGUGAGCUGCUGAGGUCAGAGGCGGUCCUGCUGCUGCUGGGCAGUGGCGCGUCGCCCCAGGCCCGGGACCACAAUGGCAUGACCCCACUGGAUGUCAUCCUGGAGCAGUUGUGGGACUCCAAAGUCAACACGGGAGCCAAAAAGCUGUGUCUGGACAGCCUGCUGAUGUUCAUGCCCGAGGUGCGCUUCAAGAUGAAAAGCUCGCUGGAGAAGGACCCGCAGUGCUGGUCCAAAGUUCUCGGUGAGGAGAAGUUCAAUUAUCUGAUAGGAAAACUCCCAGCACCGCUGUUUCUCAUAGCUAUGCAAAGAAUCCUCUCUCAGCUGCCCCCGGAACAGUUCCCCAACAGCCUGGACAAGCUGCCCAUACCAGCUGCUCUGAAACCUCUGCCACAGGCCUUCAAACAACAACACAGCCGCUACACUGUGGCCUAGCUUAUUUUAGCAUCAAUUUUUCCACCGAUUUUUUCAAGAAUUCUGAAUAAUUCAGUGUUUUGGAUGUAAACAGAGCCAUUCAGAGUGGUUUGGUGUGAAAUGGAUCAGGUUUCUUUACAGUGGUGGUGAUAGGAAUCAGGGGUCACCAUGACUACAAAUAUAGGCAUUUUAUCUGCUAUCCUAAACCACGUGAACCUACACGUCUUCACGUGAACCUACACGAGUUCUAGAUGGAAUGUUGAUGAUGGGAAAAUAGUGGAAAAUGUGAAAAAAAUCUCACCUCACAAUGUGCUUUAUUGUCCCUCCAUCAUAAAUGGAUUUUAAAAUAGGUUUUGCAUCAAAAGCUUCUCAGAAUUGUCAUAAAACAAAUUCACGGUGUAUUUAUAACCAUUUCAUGUAAUGUCUUUCUGUGAGGGAGCUUUUAGAGGUGGACGUCUGGUUCCUAUCACCAGCACUGUGAACAGUUCUGACUCAGUAAGGUUCUCUAGAAUGAUGGAUUUUGCAUCAGACCACUCUGAAUGACUUUAUUUACGUCUUAACUACUUAGUUAUGCAGAAAAUUAGACAAAAUAUUGGUGGAAGAUAUUCUGUGCUCGUAUUUAUUCAAACUCUGGCAUGAAUUUUAGAAUUUUAUCAACGUGCAAAUGGUGUACACGUGGCAUGAAGUGGUUGACUGAUCAGCCGCAGUAACUCAAGAUGAACUCACCUGAGCAAUAUCGUCUUCCUGAUCUCUCUUCUGUGGGAGUGGACAAAAUAAUGGAAACACCUGAUUUUAAAAACAAGGCAUCAUGUUUUUAAAGGCAAUCCAUGUGUUUAUUAUUGAUUUUGAAAGGGCCCAUAUCUUACAUUUUUCCUGUAUUUUAUUUUUCCUUCGGAGGUCCACUUCUAACAAUUGUGUUCAUUUGUGUAGCAAAAACAGUCUAUGUGACAUUUUCCAGCCUCUCUUUAUCCAUUAGAACGAGACAGGCUGUUUUUGUUACUGUGCCUUUAAGACUUAUAUAUGUAAAUGAGUUCUGAUCUAACUGGCUAACCUCAUUGGAAAAGCGGUCCAGGCUGAAAUACUCCUCAUGACUACAGUGGGAGUGGCCAGGCCUAACCUGCUGCAGGCUGUAUAGGUGGACAUACAGGCUUAUGCAAAGGUUUUGGCGCCUCUGGUCAAACAGCAUGUUUUGUGAUUUUCUGAGUGUGAAUAAGUUAACACACCCUCUACAGAGAACUCACUUCUGUACAUUUUAAUGCACUGAUACUAUUUAUGUGCUGCAUUUCACAUAUUGAGAGUAAUAAAAAAGAAAAAAGCUUGUGAAUAUGCAGGACCAUAUCCAACAGGCCCAUCAAUUAUGAGAAAAUGCAAACAGCUGUCUUGACUUGCAGUGGCCACUUUACUAGCAGCACAGCAGAAUUUUUCAUUUUUUGUUAUUUUGUUAUGGCUGAUAACAGUUCUGACUCUCUCCAUGUCUUUUCUAUAUAUUUGCUUCAUUUUCUCCUAAAUCACUGCUGAGCAACUGUUGCACUACUGCCAUUAACUCAAGGUUUUAGGUUUUUAACAGUGAGCUAGUGUUCCUGUGAACGCACUUUGAAGCUCCAGACAUUCAAAAGAUCACACCCAAUACUCCCACAGAAUAGUGGGUGCACAUUUCUAGAGUCAGAUAUACAAUGUCACUCACCAGAGUUGAAGAAAAGCAUUACUGUGUCCUUAUUGGCAGUGUUCUGAUUAUAUUCUGAUAAGAUUAUAAACGAAAAGAACAUUUUACAUGCCUGCCACAUGCUUUAGCUUAGGAUGCUUGACUGUUUGAGUAGUUAAGGUACUUGCACUACCCCCCCUCCCCCCUCCCCAUUAUAUUUCAGCCGUCCGAUUGAGUAAAUGCAUUGAAUGGAGGUUGUGUGCUUUCUAGGGAAAUAUUCCACUGGUUGUUGUUGGUAAUAUAUGCAUAAUCUUUUUAGUUUUGUCUUGAUUUAACAAAGAAUGCAUUUAAUGGCGAUGGUGCGUCUACACUGUGAUUCGUGUGCUGCCACCGUGGUGCUGCAUAGGCUUUGUGUCACCUGCUUUGAUAUCAUACAAAUUAAUGGACCACCCAUAAAGGCAGCCAGGUAGGGGCCCAUCGGAUAUUUGCGUCUGUAGGCUGAUCGUUUGUUCCAGGCCUGGGCACACAGCAGGAUUUAUGUUUUCAUUUUUUUCCAAUAUGUUAUACUCAAAAAACAAAUAGACACUAUACUGUAAGAUUUAGCAGAAAACGGCAUAUUUACGUUACCUGUAGAUGAUGUGUUACAUUAUUUUCACUUUCAUUUUCACAGUUUCACUUUAUUUUCACUUUCAGUUUGACCAAGGGUGUUCAAACUUGUAUAUGACUGUAUGCAAAUAUGUUGAUCUUUGUGACAUAAAAAACAUUGGGCCUCAUUCAUCAAUAUCGUUCAAAGUUUGCUUUCAAAUGUGUCCUUGAGAAGAACAAGUCUAUGUCAGAUUCAUGACGUGUUCUUAAACCUCAGACUUAUUUGCAGCUUUGUUGCUAAGAUUUUGUGUAGAUUCUGUUCCUACUUACAAACAAAUCUCAAAUAAGAAAACACCGGUGAAAUUUCGUUCUAAUGAUGUUUGGUGAAUGAGGCUCAAUGAACUCAAACUGGCUGUUUUUUUGCAGCUUAGUGUCAGUAUAUGGACUGUAAAUGAAGGUGGAGGGUCAAUGAAGUUGUAAAUGAAGUGAAGGGUCAGCGGUGCAUUUCGAAACUUUAACCAUGUUUACAUUCUACAAGAAACUCUUGUAUUUCUUUAAAGUGAGGACAAAUCAGUUUCCCAUGAUAUGGGCCCUGUAAUGAUGAUAUGAACGGACUACUGAACUGGCAUUUUCCUUCUGCCAAGAUAUUGUUGGUUAAUAUUAUUAAGGAAAUAUCACAAGAAAACCAAUUUUGUCUUCUAAAUGAUGUGGUAAAUCAUGAUUAAUAUGACCAGGAAUAUGAAGUAAAAAAGUCAUGUUUUAUUUCAAGUUGAUUUAAAAAUCCAUGGUUUAAUAUUUAAUUUAUAAGAUCAGAAUCAAGCUUUAUUGGCCAGGUAUGCUACGCAUACAAGGAAUUUGGUUUUGGUUGAUGUCAAUGUUUUUUUUUCUUUACGUAAGCCAAAGAAAGCCUUCAACUCAUUCUGCCUGUUCCUAAUUAUUCAGCAUGUUUGUGGGUGCGUUUUCAUUGAAAUGACAUUCCAAUGAGAACUGAUACUGCUGUAAAAAUAAAAGACAGCCACACCCAUCUUUACAUUAUUGACUAACUGGAAGAUCAGGUUGAUUUUGAUCCCCACACACAAUCCCCCUGUAGGUCUUUUAGCCUUUAAGUGCAGAAAUAACCUCCAGCUAUAAUUGUGACAUUGGUCUUGAUUUGAAAACUGGUUUACCUAUAAAUGAUAUGCAAACCCAAAA